CAAACAAAACAUAACCUUAAGCUCUUCGAGAAAAACUGUUUAUAGUGUUUUGUCUGUUUAAAAAUCAAAGGAGUGAAUAUAAACUGCAGUAUCAUUUCCGAAAUUGCGUACGGACUGAUUAGAUAACCAAAUUAGAACCAUGGACGAAGUCCUCCAGUUUUUAUCUACUCAGAACCGGCCAUUCACCAUCAACAACAUAAUGGAAGGACUGAAUAAACAACUCAGUAAAACACAAAUCGUUACAGCCGUUAAUAAGCUAGUGGAGAACAAUAAAGUGAUUGAGAAGAAUUGUGGCAAACAAAAAAUAUACUGUGUCCCUCAAAAAUCAUCAUUGCCUUUGAAAGAUUUGACUUCCAAAACGUUAGCAAUGGACCGUCAGUGUAACAAUAUUGCUUCAAAUUUGAAAACUGUUGAGAAGGAACUGGAGGAAAAAAGUACCCGUUUGCGGAAUCUAGAAGGAAUAUUGAGUAAGGCUGAGCUACUGGCUAAGAAGAAGAAGUUGGAAGAAGAAAUUCAAGAAAUGCAUUCGAAAUCAGAAGCUUCCGAAGGUCACAUUAGCGAGUCUUUCGAUAAAGAGAAAAUCGAAAGGGAAUAUCGUGUUGUGUUUAAAGAGUACAAUAAACGGAAGAAAUUGUGCACGGAUAUGGUCGAGGCCAUUCUCGAAAAUUACCCUAAAUCGAAAAAAAACCUUCUUCAAGACAUUGGGAUAGAAACUGAUGAUAAUGUUAAUUUUAAAAUUAAAGUUUCAAUAAAGUGAACUUACCCUACUUA